AUGUCAAAUAGAUCUGUCGCAGGAGAUUCAGAUGAUGAAAUUGUUAGGGUAAGCAAAAGAGAUAAGAAAUCGCUCACUAAUAAAAAAAAUAGUGGAAAGGGAAAUGGUUUAGCCAAUAAUAAACGUAAAAAGACAAUAAAUAAUAAUGCCUUAGUUGGUGAGAGCGGUGGUUAUGCAUGGGAAGAUGAAAUUAAACGUAGUUGGGAUUUAGUAAAAGUGGAUGAAGAUGAUGAUAUGUCAACAUUAGUUGCUUCGAUCAUUGAACAAAGGAAAAAAAGAGCUACUAAGAAGAUUAUAACGCCAUACCAAAGAGGUAUUAUCAGAACAUUGGUAUUGGUAUUGGAUUGUAGUGAAAUUAUGCUAGAAAAGGAUUUGAGACCUAAUAGAUACUCUAUGUCAUUACAAUACGCAAUCGACUUUGUACAUGAAUUUUUUGACCAAAAUCCAAUAUCACAAAUGGGUGUUAUCAUUAUGAGAAAUGGCUUAGCUCAUUUAGUAUCACAAAUUAGUGGUAACCCGCAAGACCACAUUGAUUCAUUAAAAGCAAUGAGAAAGCAAGAACCUAAAGGUAAUCCAUCGCUACAAAAUGCAUUAGAAAUGGCGCGAGGAUUACUAUUGCCAGUACCACCACAUUGCACCCGUGAAGUGUUAAUUGUAUUUGGUGGCCUAUCUUCUACAGAUCCAGGUGAUAUUCAUCAAACUAUUACAUCAUUAGUUCAAGAAAAAAUCAGAGCAACUGUAAUUGGGCUAUCUGCUCAAGUUGCUAUAUGUCAAGAAUUAUGUACUUCAACGAAUUAUGGUGAUUCUGAUUCGUAUCGAGUAAUAUUGGACGAAGUUCACUUCAAGGAGUUAUUUAGCCAGGCUGUGACACCUUUGCCUGUUAAUAAGAUUAACAAAGGGUUUACGUUAGUUAAGAUGGGAUUUCCAACAAGAGUUUUCGAAGAUACGCCAACGUUUUGUACUUGCCACCAUAAGUUGAUCUAUGGUGGCUAUUUUUGCCCAAAUUGUAAAAGUAAAGUAUGCUCUUUGCCAAUUGUAUGCCCAUGCUGUGAUUUAAUGCUAAUAUUGAGUACUCAUUUGGCUCGAUCUUAUCAUCAUUUGAUGCCGUUAAAUACAUUCACUGAGGUUGAGGUGGUUAAGGAUGCAGCAUUUCCAACGAACAAUUGCUUUAGUUGUCAAAAGGGGUUUCCACACUUGGUAAAUAACAAGACCGGCGAACUAUUAACUAGUUCCAGAUAUAGAUGUGGUGAAUGCCAUAAGGACUUCUGCAUUGACUGUGAUGUCUAUAUUCAUGAAAUUCUGCAUAACUGUCCUGGAUGUGAAUCAAAGCCGACUAUUAUGUAG